AGAAAAAGCAAGUGACAAGUGAUAAUUAUAAAAACCGAUUUCACAAUAAUGGCGUUACCCGAGAGUAGCGAGUCUUCAGAAAAAAAACAGUCUGAUUCCAAGGGUCCUGAUAAAAAAGAGAAACUUCUUACAAAAGUGGUAAUCCGUCGUUUGCCCCCAAGCAUGGACCAAGAGACUUUUUUAAAUCAAAUAUCGCCUGUUCCCAGCUACGAUUAUUUUUACAUGGUCAAGGGUGAUGCUAGUUUAGGCGAAAACUCCUUUUCCCGUGCUUACAUCAAUUUUGUGAACCCCAACGAUAUUUACGAUUUUAAGGAAAAAUUUGACAACUACGUUUUCCUGGAUAGUGCUGGCCAUGAAUACGCGGCAGUAGUCGAAUUUGCUGCUUUUCAAAAAAUCCCAAAGAGGCGUAAUAAAGUUAGAGUGGACCCUAAAGUGGGUACUAUUGAAUCAGACCCUUAUUACUUGGAAUUUGUUGAAAUGAUCAAUAAACCCCCUGAACCUGACGAAAAACCUGAGUAUUCCUACCAGAUUACAACGGAAAAUAAAAAUGAAACUAGUACACCUUUGUUGGAAUAUGUUAAAAAUAAAAGAGCAGAAAAAAUGAGAAUUCGCGAAGAGAGGAGAGAAGAGCGGAAACGAAAGGAAUAUGAAAGGAAGAAAUUCCGUGAAGAUGAACGGAGGAAACGAUAUGAAGAAAAAUCGCCCGUGAAGAAUAAAUCCCAGUUUACAAAAGUUGUGAGCCCCAAAGAGAAAAGUGUGGAUAAUAAAGAAGCGGAGAAACGUGAAGGUGAAGAUAAAUCGGCUGAAGAUAAAACACCAGAAAAGGAAGAUCCGGAGAAACAUGAAAAGCCGACCCCUGCAUCAUAUUAUAACAAAAACAGAGAGAAAAAAUAUGAUGACAGGAAGAAAGACCCCAAGAACAAAUAUCCACCUAAGAAGGAUUACAUGGAUAAAAGGGAAUACAAAAGCAGAAGAGACGAUUAUAAAGACUACAAAGAGAGGGACUAUAGGCAAAAAUACGACGAUUACAAAAAAGAAGAGACUAAAGUUUAUCAAAAGAAGGUCAAAAAAUACACGGAGAAGAGGGAGGAAAGAAAAAUUGAGGCACAAAAGAGACUUGAGCAGCAACAGGAAAACACUGCGAAACCAGAAGAAAACGUAAAAUCAGAGCAACAACCUAAAGAAAGCCCAAGUAAAAAGGAGGUAAUAUUACCCACCAAUGAAACAAGUCAAGAAACAUCUGCUAAGUCAACUGAGAAAUCAAAAUCAACAAAGGAAAGUGAUGCGCAAUCUCAGAAACGGAUUAGGAACAAAGACAGGCCCACGAUUGCUAUUUACAGGCCCGGAAUGUUAUCAAAACGGAAGCAGAAUGAAGGAGAAAGUGAACAUAAAGAAAACAAAAAAGAAUAAAUUUUUAUUUUAUUUUUUAGUUAAAUAAUGUUUGUUUAUUUUGGUAUAUUAUAUUGUUCUUUUUGUUUGCCAAUAAACCUUUUUCUGUU